UAUUACCAUGGAGAUCUCUUGUACACAGUUUCCCCUUUUCCUUGGGCCAGUCCUAAACGCGGUUCCGCAGGCGGGACUAGCGCUGGCCUAGGAGCGAAUCCUCCAAGGUCGGACCGUCGGGGGCCCAUGAAUAGCAGGGCUCCACUUUCCGUGGGGAGAGUGACAUUCUUUGGCCGGCAUCGCGGGGAGGUCAACUGCUCUGCCUUCUCUCCUGAUGGCCAGACGCUGCUCACAGCCUCUGAGGACGGCUAUCUGUACGGUUGGGAGACCAAGAGUGGGCAGCUGCUGUGGAGGCUGGGUGGCCACACAGGCCUGUAUCCUGUUUCACCUCCCCCAACUUCUGUCAUUGGGAUGGUGACUGCAGGUCACCAGCGGAGUGUGGAGACACUCAGCUUCAGCCCUGACUCAAGACAGCUGGCAUCAGGUGGCUGGGAUAAGCAGGUGAUGCUCUGGGAAGUGCAGUCGGGACACAAACUGCGCCACUUAGAAGGGCACCAUGACUCCAUCCAGAGUAGCGACUUCUCCCCCAAUGCCAACUGCCUGGCCACAGGCUCAUGGGACUCCACUGUGCGCAUCUGGGACCUGCGGGUAGGGACCCCAGCUGUAUUCCAUCAGGAACUGGAGGGUCACAGCGGCAACAUCAGCUGUCUGUGUUAUUCAUCAUCUGGCCUCCUGGGAUCUGGCUCCUGGGACAAGAACAUCCACAUCUGGAAACCCAAUACCAGCAGCCUGAUGGUCCAGCUCAAGGGCCAUGUAGCCUGGGUGAACAGCAUAGCUUUCUCUCCGGAUGAGGGGCAGCUGGCCAGCGCUAGCUACUCGGGAACGAUCAAAGUCUGGGACUACAACACAGGAAAGUGCCUUGAGACCUUGAAGGUAAGACCUGUAGCUGCAGCCCCCAGUGAGGGAUCCAGGAAGGACUUCAGGACCUGGAGCCUGGUGCUGUGUUUCUGGCAGGGAUUUCUGGAUGUGGCCCACACCUGUGCCUUCACCCGACAAGGCAAACUAUUGGUGUCUGGAGCUGCUAUUUAGGUGAGACACCAAGACCACUGCUUGUUCAAGUCACACUUGAACAACACAGGCCCACAGUAACUAAGAGUGCCCAUCAGACCCUGCAGCCAGGUCCGCCAGCACCACACCAAGGCAGCUGACGUCUACGGGUAGCAGGACACCACCAGACAUCUGGCACUGUAGCUCCAGCCUUAGCCCCAAACCACCUAUUCAGUCUGGUCUGUGGAAACAGCAUUAAGCACAAA